AUGGAGUUCAAACCGCUACCACAACCAGCCGAGGAUGUCCGUCGAGGGAUUGUGGAUAUGAUUCCUGAGACCACCACUCUAUCAGAUCAACCAACCGACACCUUGGCUACGCUUCUUGAAGAAGAUGAUAAUGGGACGAAGACAUAUGGCGGAGACCGAUUAGCCGGACAAAUUCAUCAGCUCAUUUCUAAGAUGGAAAUUGGCACUGGCUGGAAAUGGCGCCUCAUAUAUUGGUCGAAGCGAUUGGAGCUACUCAAUGACCGAAAACAAGGCUAUCUUCUACCUUUAUCAGAGAAAAUUCUCAUAUCCCCGGGAGGAACAUUAUAUGCCGGUUUUUACGUUUAUCUCACGAAUGAACCCAUUUUGAGUUCAGGGGCUGCCGCGAUCCUGAUUGUUCCGAAGUAA